GCGAGCGGCGCGCGCGGGGCCGUCGCGACGGAGCAAGAUGGCGACGGCGACCAUCGCUCUCCAGGUCAAUGGCCAGCAAGGAGGGGGGUCGGAGCCAGCAGCGGCGGCGGCAGCAGCGGCGGCAGUGGUGGCAGCGGGAGACAAAUGGAAACCUCCACAGGGGACAGACCCCAUCAAGAUGGAAAACGGACAGAGCACAGCUGCGAAGCUGGGGCUGCCCCCCCUGACGCCCGAGCAGCAGGAGGCCCUGCAGAAGGCCAAGAAGUAUGCCAUGGAGCAGAGCAUCAAGAGCGUGCUGGUGAAGCAGACGAUAGCACACCAGCAGCAGCAGCUCACUAACCUACAGAUGGCAGCAGUGACAAUGGGCUUUGGAGAUCCUCUCUCACCUUUGCAAUCGAUGGCGGCUCAGCGACAGCGGGCACUGGCCAUCAUGUGCCGGGUCUACGUGGGUUCCAUUUACUACGAGCUGGGGGAAGACACCAUCCGCCAGGCUUUCGCCCCCUUCGGCCCAAUCAAGAGCAUCGACAUGUCAUGGGACUCAGUGACCAUGAAGCACAAGGGCUUUGCCUUUGUGGAGUAUGAGGUCCCUGAAGCUGCCCAGCUGGCCUUGGAGCAGAUGAACUCGGUGAUGCUGGGAGGCAGGAACAUCAAGGUGGGCAGGCCCAGCAACAUCGGGCAGGCCCAGCCCAUCAUAGACCAGCUGGCUGAGGAGGCCCGUGCUUUCAACCGCAUCUACGUAGCUUCUGUACACCAAGACCUCUCCGAUGACGACAUCAAGAGUGUGUUCGAGGCCUUUGGCAAGAUCAAGUCUUGCACACUGGCCCGGGACCCCACAACUGGCAAACACAAGGGAUAUGGCUUCAUCGAGUAUGAGAAAGCUCAGUCGUCCCAAGAUGCUGUGUCUUCCAUGAACCUCUUUGAUCUGGGGGGCCAGUACUUGAGGGUGGGCAAGGCCGUCACUCCCCCCAUGCCCCUGCUUACACCGGCCACCCCCGGAGGCCUCCCACCUGCCGCUGCUGUGGCUGCUGCUGCGGCCACAGCUAAGAUCACAGCUCAGGAAGCUGUCGCUGGAGCCGCUGUGCUGGGCACUCUGGCCACUCCUGGAUUGGUAUCCCCCGCUCUGACGCUGGCCCAGCCUCUGGGCGCUCUGCCCCAGGCUGUCAUGGCCGCCCAGGCCCCGGGCGUCAUCACAGGUGUGACCCCAGCCCGCCCGCCCAUCCCUGUGACCAUUCCCUCCGUGGGCGUGGUGAACCCCAUUCUGGCCAGCCCUCCCACCCUGGGGCUCCUGGAGCCUAAGAAGGAGAAGGAAGAGGAGGAGCUGUUUCCCGAGUCCGAGCGGCCGGAGAUGCUGAGCGAGCAGGAGCACAUGAGCAUCUCGGGCAGUAGCGCCCGGCACAUGGUGAUGCAGAAGUUGCUGCGCAAGCAGGAGUCCACCGUGAUGGUCCUUCGCAACAUGGUGGACCCCAAGGACAUCGACGACGACCUGGAGGGGGAGGUGACGGAGGAGUGCGGCAAGUUCGGCGCCGUGAACCGCGUGAUCAUCUACCAGGAGAAGCAGGGCGAGGAGGAGGACGCCGAGAUCAUCGUCAAGAUCUUCGUGGAGUUUUCCAUGGCCUCCGAGACUCACAAGGCCAUCCAGGCCCUCAACGGGCGCUGGUUCGCCGGCCGCAAGGUGGUGGCCGAGGUGUACGACCAGGAACGCUUCGACAACAGCGACCUGUCGGCGUGACUGCGGCCCUCGGCCGGACUCGUGCCUGUGCUCCGUCUGUGUGUCUGUGUCUGCGGGUCUCCCCCCCCCCC